AUGUCGGAUGGUCUGAGGAUUUUGCCUUCCUCGCCCAGUUUCUGUGCCCCCAGUCCCGGAUCGCAGCCUGGGCAGAACCUCGAAAAUUGCGUCGGCAACAACAAUAACAACAGCGGCAACAACAACAACCAGGGCUCCUCGGGCAAGCCGCAGCUGGAAGAUCUCUACUGGAUUCCCAACUACCAGCAUCACAUCAGUCCAGAGGCCCUCAACCUGACGCCCGAGGACGCGGUGGAAGCGCUUAUCGGUAACGCGCACCACCACCACCAUCACCACCAGCCCUACGAGGGAUAUCGCGGUCAGCAGUACGUCGGAGAAGACCUCUCGACGGCCACGAACGGGCAUCACCACCCGGUGCACCACCACCACCAUCACCACCACGCGCACCUCGAGGACCGCUUCUCGGACGAGCAGCUGGUGAGCAUGACGGUGCGCGAGCUCAACCGGCAACUGAGAGGCUUCGGCAAAGAAGAGGUGAUCCGUCUCAAGCAGAAACGGCGAACCCUGAAGAAUCGCGGCUAUGCACAGUCGUGCCGCUACAAGCGCGUGCAGCAGCGCCACAUGCUCGAGAGCGAAAAGUGCACGCUUCAGAGCCAGGUGGAGCAACUCAAGCAAGACGUGGCGCGUCUGAUCAAAGAGAGGGACCUGUACAAGGAGAAGUACGAGAAGCUCGCGAGCCGAACCUUUAACGGCGGCGGAGGCAACACUCGGGACCCGUCCAACGGCACUCACGGCAAAACCUCUUCCACGGAAUUCUUCAUGUGAGAGUGAUUCUUGUUAAAGACUUUUUCCGCACCAACGUAUUCGUUUUUUUAAACCUUCAUUUUUAUGAUUUUCAGUGUGAAUUUUAUUUGCAGUUCUUAUCUUAAAUACUCAGUGUCCACUGUAGAACAUACACUCUUGAAAAUAAAGGUCUGAUGCCAUAGGAUAAUCUUUUUAAGUUCCACAAAUAAAUAUUUUAUUUUUAAGGACUCUAGAGAAACAUCUAUGUACUGGUGCUUUAAAGAACCCAAAACCCAAUUAUGUAAAUCUAGAGAAUCCGUAAUGUCACAUCCAGCACUUUUUCUUUUCCAAAGAAUACCCACUUUUACCGCCAAAAUGGUUAUUGACAAGCAAGUCAAGUCCAUUGCCGAACUUAAAGUGCUGAAAGGAAACACUGAAGAACCUUUAUUUUUUAAGAGUGUAGUCUAACAUUACAGCGACAUAUUUAAAGUCUUCACUCAUUAUUUGUGUACAUAUAUUACUGUACCAUAAAAGUCUUAAGGUUAGUGUAAUGUUAGGAUUAUCUUCCACAGAUACUGCACGAACCCUUCUACUUCAUAACACAUCCGCUCUAAAUAUGGGAUCACGCAUAAUCUCCAAAGACCCAUCAGUUUUGGAUUCUGUAAAUUCGUGUUUAUUUUUUUUUUUUAAGUUAUAUGCUAACUGCAAAGUCCGACAUGUUUAAAGACAUAGGCUACAGUCGCUUUCUUAAUCUUUUUUUUUUUUUUUUUGGUCUUAACGGAUUGACGAGUCUUAAUGGCGAUGAGAACAUACUGGAAACGAAACUUCACUCUGUGAAGGGACUUUGUAAGGAACAAUGCUAAUAUUAAAACACAUAGAAGCAAGAAAGGGAGAUAGCAAUAGGCUACAUCCUUGACUUUUCUCAGUCAUGAACUGAGGUUGAGGGGACUUAUGAACUUUGAGGGCCCUCAAGCAUUGCUCAAGUCUGCAUUACCCCACCAAUCCUGCAUGCGGGACAUGUAUGGUACUCCAAAACGCGCCAGGUCCUUACUCUCUCUUCCUCAUACAGCACUUGGAUGAAAAGCAUGGCCCUUAACCACUCUCUCUUCUCUUUUUUUCCGUUUCUUCUGCUCGACACAAACCGUGUAGCCUAUGUGAAGGAACUCAUGCCUACCUGCGAAAUCACAUGCAAUCCGUUCUUGCAUUUCUUUUCUAUUGUUUAAAAGUAGAGAAUAAGAACAGAAAAAAAACACCGAACUGAGCCAGAGUUAUUAUUCCCACUUGUACAUAUGUAGAGGUCAAAUGGUGUGUUAAUUUAACUUUCUUUUUAAAAAGUCAUUUUUGCUUGAUUAUUUAAAACGUCUUAAUACGAUGUUUGUAUGUAGUAGCAUGCAAAUGACAAAGAUAUUCUCAUCCUAUUGAAUAUGUACAAUUUCAAAGGAAGCCUACUGCACUACGAUUCGAAGAAUUGGGAUUUAUAUAACAUUUCUUUUCCUCUGUGUUAAUCGAAUUGCUGUUAUGGUGGACAUAGUUAGUCGAUCUAAAGUGCAUAUAAACACAAGGACUUUAAUUGCUGCUAAUAUUCUAUGCACCAAAUUCGAAAGCAAUUAACAGAAGCUCUGAUUAUGAGAAUUUUGUACUUCAAAAUAAAGGUGUAGAAAACUGGUUAGAUAUGGAUAUCAAAAAUAACUAAGAUAAUCUCUUCAAGAACGUUUAUAUAUAUAUAUAUAUAUAUAUAUAUAUAUAUAUAUAUUUGUCUUAAUAACCGGAAUGAUGAACGACAUAAAACUGUUCACUUCAAAUAUAUGACAACCGUCGUUCGUAGGGCAAGAAGGGUUGUUUUAACUUUUUAUGACAUAAUAAAACUGUAGCAUAGCCUACUCUGUAUAAAGCAGUUGCCUAUUGUUUUGCAUUACAAUAUUGUGAUGAUAAUAGGCUUCCGACCAUGCUGGAUUACACUACAGGUAGAUAUAAUUCAACAAUACUAGAGGGUUUGUGUGCAAACUUUGCUAUAAUUAAUCAUGCGCAUUUGAGCUUGAAAUAUAGCCCAUCUUGUUCAGGCUAAAUGAAGAAGUUGCCAAAGUGGAUUAUCUAAUGCACGUAAAUUGUCUUAAGUCAGUUUUCAAAUUCUUUCCGACCAGUGUAUGCUUAGUUUCCUAACAGAUCUAUCGGCCAGACUCCUAAAAUAAGGUCUCCAAGUAUGAUCCUUUACCUGGGUUAGUAUCUGCUUGAUAUCUCACCUGAAAACCACUGUUAACAUUGAUUAAUUUAUUUCGUUUAAAUUAUGAAUUAUGAUACUGUUCGUUAUGAAGCAACCUCUCUGUCUAUUGGUCUAAUUUGAGGUUACAUAACCACAUGUGCUGUCAUGUGUGCUGUCUUAUGUAAAAAAAUAAAUAAAAUGGG